AUGGACAAAGCUGGGAUCCAGGAGGCUGCGAGCCCCCUGACGGGCAGCGGGCAGGUCGCCGAGGCAACAGCACCCAGUUCUAGAGUGUUCCGCUGUGCCUUUGUCCAACGCUGGGUGCCCCUGGCCUACAGAGAGGAGCUCUAUCAGGUUCUGCGCCUAACUGGGCCUCUGCUUUUUUCCCGGAUCUUAAGCUUUCUUCAGCCGUUUGUCAACACCAUAUUUGUUGGUCACCUGGGGAAUGCUGAGUUGGCUGGAUAUGCCCUCACCUCUGCAACCAUCAAUGUGACCACAGCUGCCACAGGAUGUGGUCUGGCCCUGGCAUGCGACACUCUGGUAUCUCAGACGUUUGGGAGUAAAAACCUGAAGCGUGUGGGGGAGAUUCUACAGAGGAGUAUUCUUAUCCUGCUGCUCUUCUGUCUGCCAUGCUGGGCCAUCCUCAUCAACUCAGAGUCCAUUCUGCUGGCCAUGCAGCAAGAGGCCGAGGUGGCCAGAAUCGCACAGCUGUAUGUCCUCGCCUUCCUGCCAGCUGUCCCUGCCAUGUUUCUGCACCAGCUGCAGGUGGCUUAUCUUCAGAAUCAGGGUAUUAUUCUGCCUCAGAUGUACACUGCAGCUGUAGCCAAUGUGCUGAACGUAGCGGUCAACUACAUCCUCAUCUUCCGGAUGGGACUGGGAGUGAAGGGCUCUGCUGCAGCGAACUGCAUCUCUCAGAUCUCCAUCUGCCUCCUGCUGUUCAGCUACAUACGCUGGAAAAAGCUACACGUCAGGACAUGGGGUGGCUGGUCCACUGCAUCACUGCAGGAGUGGGACUCCUUCAUGCAGCUGGCCAUCCCCAGUACGCUCAUGCUCUGCUUCGAGUGGUGGAUCUAUGAAAUCGGAGGCUUCCUUGCAGGUAUGCUGGGGGAGGAGGACCUGGCUGCCCAACAUAUCCUGCUGGAGCUGGGAUCCAUUACAUACAUGUUUCCACUGGGUGUUCAUGCAGCAGCUUGUGUACGUGUGGGUAAUGCUCUGGGGGCAGGAGACACCACCAGAGCCCUCAUCACCGGCAAAGUGACUCUCAUUGUCUCAGGAGUAUUAGCAGUAUUACAGGGGAUUGUACUUGGAUCCACAAGAUCAAUGAUGGGUUUUAUCUUCACCUCUGAUGAGAACAUUGUUGGGAUUGUCUCGGAAAAUCUGACCUUCUAUGUUUUCUUACAGUUUUUUGAUGCCCUCGUGUGUGUGAGUUCAGGGAUUCUUCUGGGUGCAGGGAAGCAGAAGAUAGCAGCCAUAUCCAACCUGAUCUGUUACUACUGUAUCGGACUACCUUUGGGAAUAUCCUUGAUGUUUGCGGCAGAGCUAAGGAUUCUGGGGCUUACACUCGGUCUUUUGGUGUGUGUUAUCAUCCAAGCCUUCUUCUUCAUCACACUCAUCUUCAAACUCAACUGGCAAAAAGUGACAGAGCAGGCUCAGAAACGUGCUGGAAAGAAUGCAAAAGUGGCGUGUGUAGCGCAGAAAGGGCCUGCUGGUGUACCAGUCAUUGACACUGUGGUCCCUGAAGGACAGGACAACCUAGAGCAAACGCCUGAUGGAGGAAGUGUGGUGCAGUCGGUAAGCGAUGCCUCUAAAGCGAGCGGGUAUGCUCUGGUGAGCACGAAGGAACGAGAGAAAGGUGAGAGUGGAAAUGCUGGAGUUGAGGAUGAGGAAGGAGGAGAAGGCCAGCCCAAAAAGCUGCUCUCUGUCCCGCAGCUGGUGCUGAGGAGAGGGUUCACUCUCCUGGCUGCUGUCUUGAUCCUGGCAGUUGGGAUUGUGGUCCACGUGACCUGCCCCCCACCAGAGCCCUUCAUCCAGGUUAAGAGCAACCUCACCAUGGACUUGUGGAACUACACUACCCCUGCUAGCUUCCCCAACUCUACAGCCAGUUAACCUCUCUCCACUGGAGCUGAUUUCAGAACGUUUUAUGCCCGUCUUCAACAUGUACAGCUACCUGUUUAGUCAAAGCUAUCAGGAGGAAUAUGCUGUUCAGCCAGUUCUGAGCAGGUUUACCAAACCAGUGUUAAGAAACUCCUCCCUGCAUUCUAACCUCAUUUUUAAUGAGGUUUAAUGAGCUUUCUAACCCUGACUGAAUGCCCCUUAAACGAUGCAUGACUGCAUUUUACACUCCAUUCUAUAUUGGCAUUGGCUGCAGUAUACAUAUACAAAUAUAUAUAUAUAUAAAUAUAUAUAAAAGCUGCUCCCCAGCGGUGAAGCUAUACUAGAGAGGACAAGUUUCCUUCACAAUGAUUUGAAAGACUGCAUGCUAGUUAUACUGCAAAGAGGGAGAGAUACCAUUAUGCCUAUUUUAGUUCAUGUUCCUUUUUUAAAAAAAAUGUUUUAGUGAAUAUCAGGUGCAAAAGGAAACUGUUAUAUGCUAUCCAAUUACUUUCAUAAACAAUAUGUAUGAUUGUAUAGUAGAUAUUAAUGUAAAUUAUUAGUGAGUUGACACUUGGUGCCUGUCAGGUUGCCUUUGUGAUACUACUCAUAAUGCGGCAUAAUAUAUGCCAUUAUGAAUGUGCUUUAUUUUUCAAGGAGGUCAAAUAUUCAGUGUGACAGACGGUCUCAAGUGUAGUGAUCCCAAAUUAUCAAUGAAAUUCAUUGAAAUGAAA